GAAUUCGUGAGAUUUGGUGCAUGCUGGGAGCGGAUCUUCCUCUUUCCCUCUGCUUCCAACAUGGCGCGAGGUCCGAAAAAGCAUUUGAAGCGCCUUGCUGCGCCGAAGCACUGGAUGCUGGACAAGUUGUCCGGCAAAUUCGCGCCGCGCCCGUCCUGUGGUCCCCACAAGCUGCGUGAGUGCCUCCCGCUCUGCCUGUUCCUCAGGAACCGGCUCAAGUAUGCCCUGACCUACGAUGAGGUCAAGCGAAUCCUCAUGCAGCGUCUCAUCAAGGUGGACGGCAAGGUCCGUACUGACCGCUGCUACCCCUCCGGAUUCAUGGAUGUGAUCACCAUUGAGAAGACUGCUGAGAACUUCCGGCUGAUCUACGACGUGAAGGGACGCUUCACCAUCCAUCGGAUCACUCCUGAGGAGGCCAAGUACAAGCUGUGCAAGGUGAGGAAGGUGAUGACUGGACCCAAGGGAAUCCCGUGCCUGGUGACGCACGACGCGCGGACCAUCCGCUACCCUGACCCUAAGAUCCAGGUCAAUGACUCUGUGCAGGUGGACAUCAGCACCGGGAAGAUCACCGACUCCAUCAAGUUUGAUACAGGCAACGUGUGCAUGGUGACUGGAGGCCGUAACUUGGGACGUGUCGGUCUGGUCACCAACCGCGAGCGCCAUCCCGGAUCCUUUGACAUCGUCCACGUCAAGGACUCCGCGGGCCACACCUUCGCCACCCGUCUCUCCAACAUCUUCAUCAUCGGACGGGGUAACAAGCCGUGGGUGUCGCUGCCCAAGGGCAAGGGUAUUCAUCUGUCCAUCGCAGAGGAGCGCGACAGGCGGCUGGCCCUCAAGGCUGCCACAGCUGUAUAGAAAUCAUAAUGAAGACCCACAAAUAAAGAAAAACACUGUCCUCAUACAAA